CUGUAAGGUUUACCUACAUGAAUAAGAGAAACGGAAUUGUGACUCGGAUGUGCGUUCAAACAAGCAUGGCACUACUACAAGCAACACUUAAGUAGGGCUAGGUUGGUUUUUAAUGCUUCUAUUUACGCUAAGGAGAAGAUUUUUCGUAGUUGUUAUUGCAGAUGUUUAAAAGGAUUUAUAAUUUAUGGGCAUGCUGAUUCGGCAUGCUUCCAAUUUGUAAUUCGUAACACUUCCAAAAAGCUUGCCUUGUCCAUUCUCCAGGGUAUUUCUUUACUUCAUAUUGAAACUUCAACGUCUCUAAGCCUUUGAUUGGUAGCUUUGAUUUUGAUCGUAGAGAUAUUUCUUCGCCAUCUCCAUAAUUACUCGGUCGCUGCUUUUCAUGGGUGUGACUACAUUACAACGGAGAUUAUUUUUAUAAAAAUCCAGCAAAAGGACGGGUUUCGGCUGGUAAUUUAUCUUAUCAACAUUUUUUGUUUCAAACUAUAUUCUAUAUGACACCCACCAGUUAGUUUACGAGGAAUGACUGAUUUGGAUAAGGCUCCCUAUCGCUGUCAAAAUUGUAAAGAGUUAGACAAAAGAUUCAAAAGUUUGGUUGGUCUUCGUUUGCACGCAGCCAUCGCUCAUUCUGAAUUGGAUGACUCGUAUCCUGACCCAAGGACAAAACUGAAAGAUUUAUAUAUUCCUGGACAAACGGAGGAGAUAUUACUUCUGGACACCGCGCAGAAAAGUAGAAGUGUGAUGAUGGAGUCGAAUGUUCUUAAUGACAUUCCAAGCUCGAUAGACAAAAUAUUCGAGAAGUACAAUAAGAAAGCAGAAAUGCUGUUGCAGAAAUAUGACAGAAAUUUUUCUGAAAUUGAAGAAGAGUUGCGACUAUCAGGAAAAUUGAGACUGAUUCGGAAACAGAAAGAAAGAUUGCGAGCGAACUCAAGCAAAUGGAAUGAAUUCAAAAGAAUUCGAAAUCCAGUUCAUAAGGAAGAACAAUAUGAAGUUUUAAGGUCAGAUUCUGACAAUGAGCAGAAAAAAGACAAAUUCACAGAAAAGGAAUCGAAACAUAUCCAGACAUCUAUCAAUAAUUCAUCUGCAAUUCAAGAGACAGAAACACGAAGGAAACUUGACUUGAGCAUCCAUCUUGCAGCUAAAUAUAAAGAACAGGCAGUAAACUUGGAAAGAAAACUUCAUGAAGUUUCAAGAUCUGAAAAUGAAAUGCGUAACUAUUUGCAUCAAGCGGCACAGCAAGAAGCUGUUGCAAAACAAAGGCUCGAAGAUUUCAUUACCGGAUUAUUAGAACGAGCAGAAACAGCUGAAGAGAAACUGAAGGUUUACAAAAAUCAAUUGAAGAACUCUACACAACGACCCAGACAGUCGAGACUUGAUUCUUCAUCACCCGCAUCCACGAAUGUUAAUACAUACUUGAAACCACCGCAACCAAGACCUUAUUCCUCAUCUGCACCUACUACACCACAACAACCUGCCCGAAGAGUGAGUCGACUACAGGCAAAUUCAAAUGAUAAUUAUGUGGCACAAUUUUUGGAACCUCCAAGUAGUCAAGAGCUUCCUAGAAGAUGGAAUAAAAGAAAAGAUAACACUGUUGAUCAACUUCCAGGCAUAGAUCUCGCAAAUGUGAUUGAGAAAUCAACUAUAUGGCCAUUUGCUAACACACAUACCCCAUACCAGACUUCAAGCUCUGAAAGAUCGACAGCAAUUGGUCACUCUCCAACUUCUACAAUUCAACAUUUUGACAGCGAUGAUGCCAUUCGUCGCCGCAUUGUUCUUUUUUGUGUAUUUGCAUAUCUUGACACUGAGUCAUUAUUACGAUGUUCCAUUGUUUGUCGGGAAUGGAGAGAUGUCAGCAAACAUCCCAAACUUUGGACGAGGGUUAGCUUGGAUGCAAAACAAAUAUCCUCACAGUUUCUAUCUACAUUGUCAGCUUGGUGUAAAGAAACAUGUUAUAUAAGUUUAAGUAAUAUCGAAGGGAGGAAACGGUAUCUUGGAGAAACUUCAAAGGAUUACAAGGUUGCAACUGCAGGGAGCUUAGAAGAUGGCAUGGAAUGUCUUCUGCAAGCUUGUGGUAAUAAUUUGUUGGUUUUGUCUAUCAGCAAAUGUGACCCAUUCUUGACAAGACGUGUCUUGUGGAUGGCAAGCUGUUAUAACAGAGAGUUGAGAAGUAUCACGUUCAGAAGUUGUGAACCACUCAAUCAGGAAGUCACAUGGUCAUUGGGAGCUGGCUGUAGGAAACUGCUAUCUCUGGAUGUUGCUCCAUUGAAAUCAUGUAAAAGUCCGCAAAUCUUCAACAACAAGGUUUUACAAAUGAUAUCAUGGUGUUGGCCAACCUUGCGUGGAUUAAGCAUUGGUGGAAGAUGUAUUGACAAAAAAGGAUUGUUAUCAAUAGCCACAAGUUGCCAAAAUCUUCAAGUUUUAGAACUGAUGUACAUGGAUGAAAUAUCAGAAGAUCUUGCCAAGGAGUUAGUUAAGCAUGGAUUUGGAUCUUUAAGAUCAUUGAUGCUUACACACACACCGAUAAGAACAAGAGCACUCGCUUGUCUUCUGCGACUAUCUUCUGAACAAAAUUUGGAUAGUUUGAGAGUUCAUCUUUCGUUUUCUGAUUAUUGCCCAACUAAGAGCAGUCGACCGAUGGUUAUACUCAACGACGAUAUGGAUAGAUCAGAAUUGUUUCAAGCAUUCAAUUCAGUGAUGCAAAGUUUAAUGAGACUACAGAAGAAGAAUUCCAAUGUCUUGCAAGUUAUUUGUACAGCUUGAAUGGAAAAAUGGCUCUUUAUAAGAUGCUCUUCUUAGAAAUCCUAAGCGUGGUGGAGUACCUGGCAAUCUUUUAUCUGAUAUUAGUUUUUAGCUCUUAUGCCCUAUACAUCUGAUUAAGUUUCAUUUAUUAUCGAAAUCAUAUACAACGUUGCUGCAUUUACUAUUACUGCUAUCGAACAUACAUCCGAGUAUUGCAAAACUUAUUCUUGGGCAUGAAUCACUCACUGUAGAUGGUACAUUUUUAUUUUUUCUUGUUGUACAGAUCAUAUAUCUCUCAUUUAUGCUUGUGUUAGUUAAUUAUCAUUGCUGCUUACUAUGAAAGGUGCA